UGCGUGGGUCGUCCGCUCGGCGUUCCUCUCCGCAGAUGAGGCUGCUGGCGGCCGUGCUGUUGGCUCUGCUUGCGGUCAGUCAGGCGGAGGAAGGAGCCCGGCUUCUGGCCUCCAAAUCGCUGCUGAACAGAUACGCCGUGGAGGGGCGAGACCUGACCUUACAGUACAACCUCUACAAUGUCGGCUCGAGCGCUGCUUUAGACGUGGAGCUCUCCGAUGACUCCUUCCCUCCCGAGGACUUUGGCAUCGUCUCUGGAAUGCUCAAUGUCAAAUGGGACCGGAUUGCCCCCGCUAGCAACGUCUCCCACACGGUGGUCCUGCGUCCGCUCAAGGCCGGCUACUUCAACUUCACCUCGGCAACCGUCACUUACCUGGCCCAGGAGGACGGGCCUGUCGUGGUUGGCUUCACCAGCGCCCCCGGACAGGGGGGCAUCCUGGCCCAGCGGGAGUUUGACAGGAGAUUCUCCCCCCACUUUCUGGACUGGGCGGCCUUCGGGGUCAUGACCCUCCCCUCCAUCGGUGUCCCCCUGCUGCUCUGGUACUCCAGCAAGAGGAAGUAUGACACGCCCAAGACCAAGAAGAACUGAGGCGGCGGCCACGGCACUCCCUCCCGGGGCCCAGGGGCUCCCCGGGUCCCGAGGUGGGUCUCAGAGCAGUCUCUCCUCCCCUCACCCCGGCCACCCCCUCCCGGCCCUGCCUGCUUGGCGAGGGCGCAGCUGAGCCUUGCUUCCAUCCUGAGGCCAUGCCGGCAGGAAUGCCACUGGCAGGAAGGGCCCUCCCGAGGCAGGGAGAACUCUGAGGGGUCCGGGAGGGGCCUGACGCUGCCCCCUCCCCCCCAAGAGGCUGGAAGAGGACAUGAAGGCAGAGGGACUCUUGGAGACUUGCCCCAUCUCUGUCCUGGGUCAGGGGUCCGGGGUUUUCUAAUAAAAACGUACGCCACCC